CCAUCAUCGUCCAAGAGUGUGGCCGUUUCAUGGACGCCCUCCACGCUAUCAGCAGCAAUGCUCAGGACCUGGGCAUGGACUGUUACAGCUGUUACGAAUUCUGUCACGGCCUUAUUUUGAGUUUCGCACCUCUUUUGAGUUUAGUCCAGCUGGUGCUGCGGUCUUUGUCGGGAGCUUGCUAUCUGUGUGGAUGCUGUUGAACGCUGUUCCCUUGUCUGAGGCUUCCAAAUUUUCCAAGUAUUGUUUUGUGUCAAGAAGUACAAUGCUUGCCACGGUGUUGCUGUACCUGAUUGCAGCUUUCAAGUAUUCACAGGUUCUUGCUGCUGACAAAGUCUACAUUGCUGACAUUUUGUUGGAAAGUGAUGAGCAGUUGCAAGCGUUGACCAUCAUGUCCGUCUUCAAUACCACAAGUGACCUGCAAGUGACAAACGUCAAUGGAACUUGCCACAAAGUGACGCUUGUGGAAAGUCAACUUGUCGCAGUUUGUGGAAUUGUUGGCAACACUUCUUGUUGUGUUGGUUGUCAUGGCAACAAGAGGAUGGAUGACAACAACGUCACAUGCAACAGCGGCUGUGCAACUUUGUGCACACAACGAUUGUUGCCUAUUGAAGUUCACCUGAACAUCAAGGCAGAACUCACUGCAACUACUUGGGAUUCAAACAAAACUGGACAGGUUCAAACUGCCUUUGGAGGCCUCAACGGAUUUCAGCACUUCAAAAUCACUCCUCUGAGGGUGUACCCCGCCUUCCGCCCGAUUGUAGCUGAGAUAGGCUCCAGCGCCCCCCGCGACCCCAAAGGGAAUAAGCGGCGAUCCAACAGAAGUGCUGACUUCCAGGCCGUCCUUGGCUGCAAAUGUCAAACUGCCAAACUCCAACAACUUGUGUCCACUUUGGAAACCAGUCUGGGAGCAGUUAUUCAGGUCCACACUGCAGGUAUGGUCACCUUAGAAUCGGCAGAAGCGUUGGUGCCGUACAUGUCCGCCCCGAUGCUCAAGUGCACGUUUGAGGAGAUGUCGAGUGGCGCUAGCUGGAAAAUGUUUGGAUCAAACGACUGCUUUGAGCUCCGUGACGGCAGUGUUGUGAAAGUGGACUCCAGCUGUGCCACAAAAGAAAAGAAGUCUUGCAUUGUACUGCGACUUCAGAACAUAACAAACAUUUGGACAGGCACAUAUGAAUGUGGAUUUACUGUGGGGUCCAUCAGGCACACAGCAAGGACACACCUUGGAGUGGCACCUCUGCCUGAACACAUCUCUAUGAAGGCCACACCGUCCACCGUUGACUGCUCCAACAGACCGAGCUCUGACAUUGUUCCCGUGAGCGUCACAGCGACAGUCCAAUACCACAACUCCUACCAAGUCUACUGGAGAUACAAGACAAGUCGCUGCAACACAUCUUCUGGGGAUUCGCUGCACGAUGGUUGCAAAAUUGAGGAUUCUCUGCACGAUGGUUACAAAAUGGAGGAUUCCCUGCAAGAUGGUUACAAAAUGGCAAUCAGCUGCCAGAAAAGCAGAGAAGCACAUUUUGUGACGGUCACUUUUAAAAACAUCAAAGAGCAAGAAAAAAGGGCCAGAUUGGACAUUCCAGUCAUUUAUGAGGGUGAACUUUUUUGCAAAGAAGAUGAGGAUUUGUGGCCAAAUACGCCAGACGGAGACACGGUGAUCAAACACACCUGUCCAGAUGGAAGACUGGGAUACCAGUCGCGUACUUGUCAAGAUAACACUUGGCAACCUGUCUUUUCCUCCUGUGUCAGCAAACAUCUGCUCGCCACUUUGGAAGCAGCACAGCGCUUUAUCAUGGGACUAGUGUCUUCUCAAGAAGCAGCAGUGGACAUAUUUGAAGGACUCAGGAACAGUUCUAUGUCUGAUGGGGAUUCAAGUGGCAAGAUGGCUGACCUCAUGGCUUCCAUUCACGUUCUUGACGUGAUGGCCGACGCCUCAGAAAGCAUCGUCUUACAAGACAACGUCCUACCUGACUUCAUAAAUGCAGCGAGUAAUUUGUUGGAGCAAACCUGGGAUGGAGUCAAUGACUCAAUUAUUCAUGACAUGUCAUCACGUUAUCUUCGCUCCGUGGAAGGUUUGGUGAAAAACAUCAGAAUCAACGGGAACAAGGAGCUGAGCACCCACAAUUUGGAGCUGAAGUUGUGUCCAGGUGGUAACUGUCGGCUGACUUUGUUUGACUGCACGCUACACCUGACGACGCUAAGCUGGGUAAAAACAGUCGCUGUGAAAAACCUGACGGACAAAUUACGAAACAACUUCCCCAACACGACGCCGUCUCCAGUUUUGAUAUCGGCCACCCUGGAGAACGCGGAGGAGUCUCCUGUGACAAUUCGCUUGGACUUCUCCAAGAAGCAGCAGAGAUCCCCAGAGCUUUUAUGUGUUUUCUGGAACACGGUGGAGAGGAGGUGGUCGGAGGAAGGCUGUGUGGUCAGAAGGGACUUUGAUGGCCACAGAAGUUGCCUCUGCGACCACCUAACCCCAUUUUCUUCCCUGGUGGCUCUCAGUAACACGUCCACUGAGUCUCUUGACGUCCUGACAACAGUCGGACUGAGUGUGUCUGUUUGUGCCUUGCUGGUCUUUCUGCUCAGUGAGUUUGCAGUUUGGUCAGCAGUGGUCACAACAAACCUUUCGCACAUUCGUCACACAGUCAUGGUGAAUAUCGCGCUUUUCCUCUUGCUCGCCCACUCCACUUUCUUGGCGUCCUCUUCCCUUGAGCUCCCGGAUGAGUGGUGCCGCAUCAUGGCCGUCAGCAAACAUCUGUUUUUCUUGGCCACAUUCGCUUGGAUGCUGUGCUUGAGCGUGGUGCUCAUCCACCAGCUGCUCCUUGUCUUCAGACCGCCGAGGAAAAGACUUUUCCACGUUCUCUUCGGCAUCGUCGGCUACGUCUGCCCAGUCAUCAUCGUGGGAUGCAGCUAUUGCUACUGCAAGUACACCGACGAGCCGUACUUCGACCACCGCUGCUGGCUGGUUUCUACGGCUCCGUUCCAGGGCUCCUUGUAUGCCUUCCUGUUCCCAGUCGGCGCCAUCACGCUGACAAAUCUUUUCUGCGUGGUGGUCGUCAUUGUCACUCUGCUGAAGUCUCAGGUCCCUGAAGGCAGCAAGGAAACUGCCAAAAGUAUCCUCAGAGUCUUGGUCUUGUUGACGCCGGUCUUCGGACUAACUUGGCUUCCCGGAUUCUCUUUGCACACGAUGGACGCCGACGAUCGUCUGUUCCUUCUGACUGCCUACAGUUUCACCAUCCUCAACUCAUUUCAGGGACUUUCCAUUUUGCUGACUGGCUGUUUUGCAGAUCAGAAGGUUCGAGAGGAACUGUGGAAGAUCUUUAAGAAGGACAAGAAAAGAGCAGAAAAAUUCAACAACAAACUUGAAGGGAAAAUCUGAUGGAUUUUUUUUAUUGUUGUAUUGUUUUUUUUUCUGUUCAGUUUUCUAAUAUCUGAUGUAAUUUUUUUUGUAUCCGUAUCAAACGGAUCCUAUUAAAAUCAAUUAUUUGUUGUUUUAUGAAAUGCAAGAAUAAUAAUCUGUUUGGACCGAACAUAUUAAAGUUGAAAUGGUCA